CCAGGAAAGGGCCGGAGGAAGGUGCACCCUAAAUAGAGCCCGAGUAAAGCAUGAAGCUGUACUGCUUGUCCGGCCAUCCGACUCUACCAUGCAACGUCCUCAAGUUCAAAUCUACCACCAUCAUGCUGGAUUGUGGGCUGGAUAUGACCUCUACUCUCAACUUUCUCCCUCUGCCUUUGGUCCAGAGUCCAAGACUAUCCAGGCUCCCAGGCUGGGUCUUAAAAGACGGAAGCACUUUCCUAGAGAAGGAGCUGAAAGAUUGUUCCGGCCGUGCCUUUGUGGAUUCCGUUCCUGAGUUUUGCCUGCCAGAGAUGGAAUUGAUAGACUUGGCUAUGGUGGACGUGAUUCUAAUCUCCAAUUACCACUGCAUGAUGGCCUUGCCAUACAUCACGGAACACACUGGAUUCACCGGAACGGUCUACGCCACGGAGCCGACGGUUCAAAUUGGCAGGCUUCUUAUGGAAGAGCUGGUGAACUUCAUUGAGCGGGUUCCAAAGGCUCAGUCUGCCUCCUUGUGGAAGAAUAAAGAAGCACAAAGGUUGCUUCCUGCCCCACUGAAAGAUGCCGUUGAAGUUGCUACUUGGAGAAGAUGUUACAAUAUGCAAGAAGUGAACUCUGCACUCAGUAAGAUCCAGCUGGUGGGCUACUCCCAGAAAAUAGAGCUUUUCGGGGCCGUGCAGGUUUCUCCUCUCAGCUCCGGCUAUGCGCUCGGCAGCUCCAACUGGAUCAUACAGUCGCAUUACGAGAAGGUUUCCUACGUGUCGGGAUCUUCGCUCCUUACAACACACCCACAGCCCAUGGACCAGGCUUCUCUUAAAAACAGCGAUGUCCUCAUCCUGACGGGACUUACCCAGAUUCCCACCGCAAAUCCGGACGGGAUGGUGGGCGAAUUCUGCAGUAACCUUGCACUGACUGUCCGGAACGGAGGCAACGUGCUGGUCCCGUGCUACCCGUCCGGCGUGAUCUACGACCUCCUGGAAUGCCUCUAUCAAUACAUCGACUCUGCCGGGCUCUCCAACGUCCCCUUCUACUUCAUCUCGCCCGUCGCAAACAGCUCGCUCGAAUUUUCCCAGAUCUUUGCUGAAUGGCUGUGUCACAAUAAGCAGACGAAGGUGUACCUGCCGGAACCACCUUUCCCUCAUGCUGAGCUCAUUCAGACAAACAAACUGAAACAUUAUCCCAGCAUCCACGGAGACUUCAGCAAUGACUUCAAGCAGCCGUGCGUGGUGUUCACCGGUCACCCCUCGCUACGGUUCGGGGACGUGGUGCAUUUUAUGGAGCUGUGGGGGAAAUCGAGCCUUAACACGGUCAUAUUUACAGAGCCUGACUUCUCUUACCUGGACGCUUUGGCCCCCUACCAGCCCCUGGCCAUGAAGUGUGUUUACUGCCCCAUAGACACCCGGCUGAAUUUUAUCCAGGUGUCCAAAUUGCUCAAAGAAGUACAGCCCCUCCACGUGGUCUGCCCGGAGCAGUACACGCAGCCUCCUCCAACCCAGUCCCAUCGCACGGACCUGAUGGUGGACUGCCUACCCCCGCCGAUGUCCUACCGCAGAGCCGAGGUGCUCUCCCUGCCUUUCAAACGCCGCUACGAGAAGAUUGAAAUCACACCCGAGCUUGCUGAUUCACUGGUGCCCACAGAGAUGAAGCCGGGCAUAUCCUUGGCAACCGUUACGGCUGUUUUGCAUACCAAAGACAACAAGCACGUGCUGCAGCUGCCCCCGAAACCUGCGCAGCCUCAACCUGGCAAAAAGAGGAAGAGGGUGACGGACGACGUGCCGGAAUUAAAGCCCAUCAAGCCCCUCCUGAGCGGCUCCAUCCCUGUGGACCAGUUGGUGCAGACUCUGGAGAAGCACGGCUUCAGCGACGUGAAGGUCGAGGACACCCCCAAAGGGCACAUCGUGCUCUUCCAAGACGUAGAAACCCUCAUCCGCAUCGAGGAGGAUUCGACCCACAUUAUGUGCGAAAGCGACGAGGCGCUCAGGGUGAAGCUGCAGGAUCUCGUCCUCAAAUUCCUGCAGAAAUUCUAGCCGCUGCUGCCCUGCCAAAGUUCCCUCUCUUGAAAGAGGGAAGAGGAAGAGCAGCAAAGAAACCGGACUGUCAUGAGGCCGGGAGCGCAAGGGAGCACACCCACGGUCCGUUCGUUUUCCGUUCGCAAGAAAAAGCGCUCUUCUCCGGAGUAUGGUUGCCAGCAGUUUUCCCAGCACAGACCUCUGUGUCAUUAAACAACCGGGAAGAAUUCAACAGGGGCAGCGUUCCCCAUCCUGAAACGGCAGCAGCAAGAGCUGAAACUGUUGAUCUCUGUGCUUCCAUGGAGGUCAGCAAAUGCAGGAGCGCCAGUCCAGAACGGAGUCAGUUCACCCUACUCCGUAGUUACACCUCUGUGUAAAUAUCCACGACACCAAGUGCCCAAACUGUCAUGGAAGCAUUCAACUCAGGAAGAGAUGGCACAACCACAUCUGAAGUUUUGCUCCAAUUGAGGGUCUCGUCAGGGACGCACACGGGUUAUCUUGGUUUAGUGUAAAAUACAGUGCAUUGCAUUUCCUGUUCUCCUCCUCAAAUGGCUAAGAGAGGCUAAUUUUUUUUUAAUUGUUUUGUUUCAAUUUGUAAUGGGGGUUUUCCCUUCAAUUUGCUUUGUUUUUUUCAGCCUUGUAACGCUGGCUGUUUUGUUUCAAAAAUAAAAAACUAGAGACCUGGUCA